CACGCCGCUCAGUCUCACGCCUACCCGUCUGCCACCACCAACUGUCGAACAUUUGCUGAGCCCUCUCUGCCACACUGCCCGUGCCACUGUACUCCGUGCUGAGUGCCCCAAGAUGAUUCUUCAAAUGCAUCACAAGCAAGACAAGAUGAUAAUGAGUGCUAGUCAUUGAGCAGCAUGUCAGUGUUCGUGGCUGGGGUGGAGUCAGACACUGCCCCUCAGACUCGCUGCAGGAAGAAGUAUGAGACCAAGUACAGCACCAAGUAUGAAGAUGAAUACCAGUGGGUUGGUCCUUCUGCCAAAGGAGAAACCUAUGCCCUUUGUCGCUGGUGCAUGGUGGACAUAUGUAUCAAGUCGGUGGGUGCAAAGGGUUUGCGAGACCAUGAGAUAACAGGACGCCACAAACAAAAAGCCAGUGACCAUACCCCACCCCCUCAGCUUACAGCACCAGCACCACCACCAGCAGUAUCUUCACAGCUAUCUCCAUCACCACCACCAGCACCACCACCACCUGCACCACCAUCAGCACCACCACCAGCACCACAAUCUGCACCACCACCACCAUCAUCAUCAACUACGCCACAGCUUACCAAUGCAGUGUAUCCUGUCCUGGAGGUAGAAGGGGUGGUAGAACAGCACAAUGAAGAGCUGCGUGGUUCACCUCGUCCCAUGACACCUCAGACUCCAAACACCCCACUAAGUCCUCAAGGGGAGGAGGAACUGCCAGAUCCACAAUCUGAACUGCUAGAUUUUGGUGCCCAGCUGCCUACAUCUACUACUCACACUCUGUCAGCUGCUGUGCGUUCAGUCUCUUCACAACCAAAGGUUGGAGAGUUGUUAAUCAUAGAGUAUGAUAACCCAGACAUGUGUGGUGCACCUGUGCCUUUGUCAUCCAAGACUACAAGUGGAUCAGGUGCCAUAGUAAAGAGAGAAUCAGAAGAAAAAUACACAGUGAGCACAGAUGAUUUGACUUGCAAUGUUUGCGGUCAAGAAUAUGCUCAGUGGACACAACUGAAAAAACAUUUGCUGGAUCACAUACUCAUUGCUCAAAAUUCAUCUGAUGGCAAAGCAAAGACAAGUGGCCGGGGAAGGGGAAGAUCAGUAAGUAGCAGAAUAUCUGCACGUCCUUCACGCAACAUUCAGCAAACUACACUGGACCACCAAAAACAGGAAAUCAUUACAAAUAAAUCAAGUACAUUUACAAAACCACCACGACGACGUGGCAGACCUCGUGGAAGCAAAACCAGGAAUUAUGUACCUGCUGGUGGUGUUGCUGGCUUACGCACAACACCUCUUUCUCAUAAGAGAAGUGUGGGCCAGCGAAUAGAGCCUCAUGUUAGUGCCCUCCAGGAGGUCUCAGUGGAUGAGCCUGUAGCCACUGAAGAGGAAGCUUGUGAGGAGCCUGGAUUAAGUUCUGAUGUCAUUGCCAAGGAAUUUCAAGAAGAAAUAGAUGAGAGUGCAACAAGUGAUGAAAAUAAUAGUGAGGCUGGAGAUUUGGAAGGCAGAGCUGAAGAAGCAGGGAAGAGAAAACCAGGCCCGUUGCAGUGCCGUGUUUGUCGAGUUGUCUUCUAUAACAGAGGUGAGCUGAGAGAACACCAGCGUUCUGAACACAACAAUGGACGUCCAUACCAGUGUGAUCACUGCCAAAAGUUCUUCACUACAAAAAACCACAUGGAGGUCCAUAUCCACCACAAACACAGUUAUGGUCCCAACCCUUGCCAGUGUGCCAUGUGUGGGAAGGUACUUUCCUCCAGGACAAACUUAAGGAUUCAUAUGAGAAUACAUAAAGGAGAAAGACCCUUUGAAUGUCCUAUUUGCAAAAAGGCCUUCAGUCGCAAGGCUAACAUGGAAAUGCACCUGGUUUAUCACACUGGUGAACGACGAUUCACGUGUGAAGUCUGCGGUCAGUCUUUCUUUGCCAUAAAUGCUCUCAAGAGACAUACCAAGUUACAUACAGGUGAAAGAGAUUAUGCAUGUGAGAUUUGUGGUGCCACCUAUGUGACUGGGACUGAUUUGCGCCGACAUCGCCUCAAGCACAAUGAAGUGAAGCCUUACCCAUGUCAUUUGUGUGAAAAGCAAUUCACACGAUCUCAUGAUCUCAAGGUUCACCUGCGCUACCACAACAAGGAAUUACGCUACACAUGUGAUGUUUGCAAUAAGCAGUUUGUAGAAUCUGGGAAUUACAAACGUCACAUGCGGCGACACACUGGCGAGAGGCCAUACACCUGUGUUAUUUGUUUGCUCACCUUCUCACAGGUUCAUCAUAUGAAGACACACAUGAGAACAAGUCAUCAUGAAGAAUCUGCUGGUGGAGAAGAAGGUCCUCAGGGAACCAGUAAUGGACGAGGAAAGUUACCACCUCACCGCAACCCAAGAAUUCUCAUCAGACGAACACCAAAGCCCACUCAGAUACAUCAAGCUCCAGUUGCUCCAUCUCACAGUCAUUCUCACCCUCACCCACACCUUGCAUCUCAGCCUCAUGGAGUAGGAAACUCUAACAGUGGAGUUGCUGUACACUCAAGCCAAUCUGUUUCACCCCCCAUGGCUCACUCAGGGACUCUAUCAGGAACAGUUGCACCUCAUACCACCCAGAUUUCCUCCUCAAGUGGAGCUCAUCACUCAACAGCAGUUUCUGGGUUUCUCCACGGCUACAAUUCCCACAUAUAUAAUCAUGGUGUUAUGCCACAUUAUCCUGCCCUAUUUGAUAUGUGCCAGCCACAAAAUGGAGUCAACCAUCUUCCCAUGCAUUAGAAUGCUCUUAAAAUGAAAAUAAUGACUGGUUGGCCUCAUCACACAACUCAUCUCCACUCCUUCUUCUAGCCUACACAUCAUCAUCACUGCCAACUAAACUGCAAGUGUUUUGAAUUAUACUGCAAACUCAAUCCUUCAAGAAUGUGGAUCAUCUGACAUUUGUAAAGCAAAUUACAAAGUUGUGCUAUGAGACAUUGUUUGUGUUGUUUGCUAUCAAUUAUGGAAAUAUGUUUUGCAGUCUGAAUGAGCAAUUACUGAUGUGGUAGUGACAGGAAUGAGUCACUGCAGAUAUCCUGACACUUGUAAACAAAGCACAUAGAAAAGGUGUGCAAUUUUGAGAAACUGAUCAUGUUAUCCAUUUAUUAACCCUAGGGAUAUAUUUAGUGGACAGAGUAAGUGUUUAUUGUGAUAGUGGCUUCAGUGUGCCCCCAUCAGUUGCUGAUGCUUGUAAACAAAGCAUAUUGGGAGGUUGGUUAUCAUCUGAAAUGUUGCUUAUGAUGUCUGUCAAUUUUAACCUUGGGAGUGUUUUGUAAUCUGAGUGAGUAGUUACUGCUUUGGCAGCAACAGCAGCAACUGCUCAUAUAUUUUAUCCCUUUGCUCUGAGCUUCAAAUGAUUCUCCUCAUAAAGGUAUAAUACCUUAUAUUUUGUAAUUCCAAAAAUAAGACACUUUCAAUGGGUAUCAUAAUUUGAAUGCAAGAGCUUGAAGCUAGAGUUUGGUACCAAGCAGUGACAGUAAUUACCAAAAACCAGCAUUUUUUUUCUUGAGUAAAUUUGAAGUUAAUUCUUUACACCAGGAGUUGAUGCAUUUUAAAUGGUAUAGCAAAUGGUUCUUCAGUAAUAUGAUAUUGUUCAUGCCACAAAAGCUACUAAUUUAUAGCAAAACACUGAAUUAUUUACUAGCUUAAAGAAUUGCUUAUAUGUUUUUACUUAUACGGUGCACAGUUGCACUAUUAUGAAUAAAGAAACAGUAAGGCUUUUCAGUAUCUGAUGUUGCUUCUCUUGCACAGCCCAGUUAUUUUAACCUUGAGAACUUGCCUGAGUUUAAUAAUUAUGAAUGGGGAACUUUGAAAACUUUGUCAGUAGGUGGCAUUAUUUUACUGUACUUCUGGCAUGAAAAGAGUUCGUAGUAUUCAACUUGACUUUCCUACAUUUGUGCAAGAAGCUCUUUGUCAAAGUAUCAGCACACAAAUGAGAGUCAGUAAACUUUGCAGCAAAAAUAUAGACACGAGACGAAAACCAUAAA